GUGUAUUUCCAACCAGCCAGCCUCUCCCACGUUUGGAAGCAAUUAGCAAAGGAUACAUUUGGAACUGAAAAUAUAGUCUCUGUAUUCUGGGGGGCAGGGGGGGGGCUGGCAGUGGUCAGUUUCAGCUACGUGGUCUUCCCAUAAAUAAAGACAUGAAAUUCUUUUACACCCCUGAACUAAGCCCAAAGCCUCCUGCUCUGUUUGCGUGUAUUGACACUCAGUUUUUGUUAGUACCCACGACACACAAGUCACUGGUCUCCAGUUUGGACCAUGGGAGCUGGGUAUCUGAGUGCUGGAGGCAGGAGCACUUCUUAAGCUGUUUUCAGUUAAGCCUGCAGCUUGUGGGGGACGUGGUUCAGACCUGGGUCUGUGUUUGCAGCAGGCUAGAGUGUCUGGCUCAAACAAGGCAGGGCACUGAAGUCCCAAGCUGGCAGGGGAAACAGGCUCAGAGGUAGUCUAGGCACAUCGGGUGGCAGUUCCCAAGGGGUUUCUGUGACCCAACCUGUCACAAGGACUAUGCCAAUAUCUCCGCGGAGGUGUCCAUGGACAACUUAGUUGUACUGUCCUAGCACCUAGGACUGGGACCUCUUCAAUUCCAUCUGUUUCUCAGACUCUUUAUUAUGAUUUGCAUCCCGUGUCCCUUGGACACCUUUACAUUGUAGCGCUCUCGGAAUGUUUGUACCCCCCUUGUCUGUUGGCGAAGGGGCAAGUGAUGAACUCCUACACCAUGGCAUGAGAACGUCUCUCCUAGGUAUGUUAUUUCCAUUACACUGAAUUUACACUGGUUUGUUUUAGCUUUAGCCCGGCACCUCUGCUCUCUCCAGAGCUGCUCAGUGCCUCUGCUCGUGCUGUUUGACUGUUUUUUUCCCUCCUUCUUUUUGUACCCUGGUAGGGCUCCCCUGCCUCCCUCGGUUCUUGUCCCUCGACAGAGAGCAGAAGGGCAGAGUCGGAAGUGCAGGCAGUGCGCUGUUUAGUGGGAUUGUGCUAUCAACCCCAUCUGGCUGUGGGCAGAUGCAACACCCCAUGUCUCUGUUCUGUGUUCACACACGUUAGUAAGGAUAUAAGCGUAUCAAAAGUCAAACGGGCCAACAAACCCCCAAAUUCUAUCUCAGGCAAAUCGACAGGCCUGAAUGCUAGAUUCCCCUCACUACCUCUGAGUAAAAACAUCUCUCCUCACAAGGAUGAAACAGGAGUGCGCUAUACCUAGGGUGACCAGAUGUCCCGAUUUUAUAGGGACAGUCCCGAUUUUUGCGUCUUUUUCUUAUAUAGGCUCCUAUUACCCCCGUCCUGAUUUUUCACAUUUGCUGUCUGGUCACCCUGGCUAUACCUCAAAUUUCUCUCCCGUUUCAUCGUUCGCCUCUCUGCCAGAGAAACUGAAACACAUCGGCUGCUCCAGGACCAGCUCCUGUCACGACUAUCACUACCUUCGGAUGUCUUCCUGUUCGCUGGAUCCCAUUGUUGCCAAUACAGAGGGAAGCGCUGUUCAAACCACCUCCAGUGUCCCACAAAGUUUUAACUCUGGUGGGGCUGUUCAUUGCUCCAUCCUUCCCCCCGGCGUCUGUUCUUCGUUCAUUUGCUCCUGGUACCGGGUGUGGUCAGUGACGGCUCGACGCUCUCCACAGCUCUGCUUUAUCUCAGUGUGGUUCCAGCCAGCUGUGCAACACAAUACGAGCGUCACCGCAUCCCAGGCUGGGAGCUCGGCCCUUAAAGGCACCACAAUCCUACACCCUGUGUUAGACAGGAAGUCAGAUUAGAAACUGUGAGUCUGAGUCCGAGUGGAAUUGAUCUCCGGACUGACACUUUCACUAUGACAGUAUUAUGGGUGCGUCAUUUUCAGUAAGUCAGAUGCCAAAGGUCCCUCUGGCACAGAUAACCAGUGUACUCCCCUCCCCCCAUACACACAUACACACCACCGCACAGCUCAGCGACAGCCAGGAAACAGCUACGGCCGGGAGAGGAAGCAUCCUACAAGAAGUGCAGAGCUGAACUGCACGAGUUUGCCCAGUGACUGAGGAGGGCUCAGCCCUGCCAGGACCCACCGGUGCCCCCCGGGGAUGGCUGGCGAAUCCCAGGGUGGGGCCCAGGGGCCAGGAGAAAUGGAAGAGGAACAGGCUGAGUCUCGUACAGUCGCCCAGGAGUUCCUUGACUGGUUCUUGGGGACCCACGUGUACCCCGAGCAAAGGGAACACCAGAGAAGGGAGCAGGAGUGCCGGCUGGUGCAAGCGCUGGUUGGCAGGAUCAUGGCUCUGGUGCACGAGUGGAAUGUGCAGCUGUUCACUGGAGAAGCCAUCCUGGUGGGCGGCCAAGCCCAGGACCUCCACGUCCGGACAGAGUCCAGCAGCAGCGACUACGACUUCCAGGCCCCCAUCCAGUACAGGACGAACGUGAUCCUGCUGGGGACCCUCUACAGCCCCCCGGGCACAGAGCUACAUUUCCUGCCUUCCUGGCUGAGCCUGAAGCCUGGGGUGCCGGUGUACCGCUGGGAGAACAAGCUGGUGGUGGAUUAUAACAAGGUGACCCUGAGAGACAUCUUGGAUGGGAAGGUUCUAGACUUGGACCUCACGGAGGAAGACAUAAAAGAAAUAAACAGGCGACGGAGGGAUCUCUGGAGGAGCGGCAUCGAUCCAUUCCUGGUAGCUAGAAAGUUCCAUGAAUUUGUCGAGAAUGCUCUGGCCGAGGAGAGAAGAAACCCUGUUACCGGCAUUAGCAACGUUAGACUGAGCGACUUUGCAAAAUGCUCUGCCGUGCAGCUCAGCCUGGAGGUGGACGGCCAAGCUGUGUCUAUAGACCUGGUGCCCACCAUCCAGAAUAAAGUGGACAUGUCCAUGGAUUGGCCACGGCAGGAUCUCCGGUGGCUCUCUGACUGGUGGGACCAGGAGCAAGACACGGAGCGGAUCAACCCCACCUGGAAUAUCAUGGACAUUUACAAAACUGGGACCGAUCUGAUGGCCAAGAAUCUGUAUUGGAGGCUCACUUUCUCCCGGGCAGAGACCCGACUCCUCAGGGACAUUGACCUCGAUGGUGCUGGGUGGAGGCGGGAGGCCCUGCAGCUGCUGAAGCAAAUCAACAUGGAGAAGUGGGGGCCGCGGUACGGCAAAGUCCUGACCUCCUGCCACCUGAAGAUGGUCCUGUUUUGGGCUUCUGACCUCAACCCAGAGACAGAGCACUGGGCCACGUUGCCGGAUGCUGUGGGGACCCUGCUGAAAGUGCUGGAGUUCUGCCUGGAGAAGAAACACCUGCCCAGUUACUUCCUGCCUUCCAUUAAUUUCUUCGACUGGCACCGGACUGAGGAAGAGAAUUCCCUGAGGAACCUGGGGCUGGAGAUGCUCAGACUGGAGGUGAGGCUGAUGAGAUGCAGCCCAGAACGGUACCUGCAGCUGUGCUACGACCUGGCCAAGCCCCAAGGCCUGGGACCCUUUGUCCAACGGGCGCGGGAGCUCGACGCCUUUAGAAGGGAGCAUCAGAACGACUUUGAAAAGUUCAAACACCUGAAGGAAGGAAAACAGCCGGGACAGGGAGCUGCGAGUAUCUUCUUCGCCCAACACAGACACUUGGGCUCGUGUCUGCAGUUAAAUAUGCUACGCCAGGAUUUCUUAAACUGGGGGUCGGGACCCCUCCAGGGGCCGUGAGGUUAUUACAUGGGGGGUUGUGAGCUGUCAGCCUCCACUCCAAACCCCGCUUUGCCUCCGGUAUUUGUAAUGGUGUUAAAUAUAUGAAAAAGGGUUUUUAAUGUAUCGGGGGGGUCACACUCAGAGGCUUGCUGUGUGAAAGGGGUCACCAGGACAAAAGUCUGAGAGCCCCUGGUCUACGCUAACUUCACUUGGCUUUGGAUUUAUCCCGGGGGAACAGAGUCUGCUUAAAAACCACGAGACUCGAUUUAAAACACAAUGUUUUUAAACAAUAAUAAAUGCUGGGUUCUGUU